AGUUCUCAGUCAGUCAAGCGCCGAGCGUCGAGCUGCGAGUAUGACACGACUUAGGUCGUCGACACCAUGCAACGCGACUUGUUACUAAUCGCAGUGUUGUUUUUGUUUAUGAACACUGGCAAUGGCAAGAUCUGCCCCUCGAUCGAGAUCAAGAAUAAACCCAGUGAGUUAGAGCAGUUGCGGAACUGUACGAUCAUCAUGGGGUAUCUCAGGAUUGUACUUCUUGAUAGUGUGAAAAAAGAGAGUGCAUUUGAUAAUCACACGUUUCCGGAGUUGACGGAAAUCGUGGAUCAUUUGAUGCUCUACAGGAUUCCGCAUCUUACAUCCCUCAGCAGGCUUUUCCCCAAUUUGAGGAUCAUACGGGGCAGGAGAGUGUUCCGGGAUUAUUCGCUUGUGAUCUUCAAGUUGAAUCAUCUUGAGGAGGUGGGUCUGAAAAAUUUAGAACUCAUCGAAGGAGGGAUUAUGAUUGGAGGUUGCCAACGGUUAUGUUACGCCAAUACCGUGGAUUGGAACGCUUUGGGGGCUUUCGCAUUCCAUUUCCAAGAACUACCAACCUGUAAAAGUGAACUUUGUCCAAAGAACUGCGGCGGACACUGCUGGACUAAAGAUACUUGUCAAAAGCCGUCGAGUGAUUUCUGUGAAUUCUUCGAAGAUGAGGGCAAAUGUGUGAAGRCAUGUCCUAAGCACAAAGUCCAUAAUUAUGACAUUAUGAAAUGUAUGACCAAAGAAGAAUGUGAGACUAUGUUAAAUGGCACUUGGUGGGUCUUUAACAACUCUUGUAUUGAGACUUGCCCUAUUUAUUACAAUCAGGAUAAAAAUGCGAAAGGGGGAUGUGUUUACGCGGGAAAGAAUUACAAAAAAGAAUGUAGAGGGGGUCUUAUCGAAAAAUUGGAUGUCUUACAAGAGAUGAAAGACUGUACGGACAUAAAUACGUCACUGGAGUUGCGUAUAACUCAGGAUUAUUUGGUACCCUAUCUGGAAAAAUACCUCGGCAACGUUGUUAGUAUUUCAGGAUAUUUGAACAUUUCGAGAUCGGGGAAUAUUAAAUCGUUGGAAUUUUUUAAAAGUCUUGAGGUUAUUAAAGGAGAGGAAUUAGCAAAUAAUAAGUAUGCUCUUUAUGUGUUUCAAAAUAAAAAUUUGGAGAAACUGUGGGACUUUGAUGAUAAUUUUAAUUUAACCAUAAGAAAUGGUUCCAUUCAGAUUCAUGAUAACCGUUUUCUGUGCCCCUCUGAUAUAAUAAGACUGGAAAAGAUUGUUGGCGCUAAAAUGGAUAAUGACACUGUUAUUUUUCGUUAUUCUAAUGGCUACAACUCAGUUUGCAAUCAGAAAAACAUGACAGUUAUGAUUCUUGAGAAUAAUCCAACAAAUGUAACGCUCACGUGGCAUCGAGCCGAUUCAGCCGACAACGAAAUAAUCAUCGGUUACACAAUAUAUUACGUGCCGGUGUUUGAAGGCAAUAUUACAGCAUUUGAAAAUAAAGACGAAUGUAGUGUAGACGGUUCGUAUGGUAUUUUUGUUCGGGAGAAUAUAGUUCAACUUGUUUCAUUACGUCCCUUUACCCGUUAUGGUUACUACUUUAAAAUAUACUCGACCAACCCUCAAGAAGCCAAAACUCCUGUUUAUUAUUUUGUUACGGCGUCCACAGAACCUCCUGCACCUAUUGAUUUUGACGCUGAAGCUAUAAGUGACACGAGUAUUGUCCUCACCUGGAAACCCCCGUCUCUCUUUAAUGGCCGUUUUUCCCACUACGAGUUAGCAAAGUUUGUUGAAGAAGAUUACGUUCCCCUGAUCCAACAAAGAAAUUAUUGCUACUUUCCUCAUGUUGAAAUUGAAAAACCCAAAAUCUCUGUAGUCCCGAAAGUUACUAAAGUGGACGAAGACUUGACAAAUACAACGAAUUGUACUUGUGGUAAGAAAUCUUUCGUACAGUUUGUCACUCAAGACUUGACUUGUACGAACGGUGGGAGAAUUGAUAGUUGCAUUAGAAGUAUUUAUCAUCAAGUAUCGAGUUAUUUGUCCGGUAAAAGAGAAGUAGAGAACGAAACUCAAGUCAAAUUAGUUAAUUCUAACGCGACUUCUUACGAAUUUAAAAAUUUGCAACAUUAUACUUUGUAUGUGUUUUAUUUGCGAGCUUGUAACGUCAGGGAAGACACAGGGGAACUCCUAUGUGGUAGCUCGGUGAUGGUAACUGAAAGAACAAGGAAACGGAAAAGUGCAGAUACUAUCAAGUCUAUCAAAGUUGCAAUUGAAGAUAAAAAUGCUCGUGUCGAGUGGUCUAAACCGGAAGAAUCUAAUUCGAUACUAGUCGCGUAUCAAGUGGAGUACAAAAGAACCGAUUCCGAAUAUUCCAAGCCUAAAUCCGAAUGUUUAACCGAAGACUUAUUUAAUAGUCUAGGCCAGGAGUAUAAUUUAUUAGAACUAAAUCCAGCAAAAUAUGCGAUUCGGGUCCAAGCGAUUUCUUUGGCCGGUCCUGGAACUUUCAGCGAAUGGAGGUACUUUGAAAUAGUUUCGGAUCCAAGCAAUGCUUACAAAAUUUACACUCCCAUUAUUGUUAUUUCCGUCAUAGUGUGUCUCCUCGGUGGAGGGUACUACUGGUACCGCAAACGAUAUUUCAAGGUAGAACGCAACCAUCUCAUAACUAGUAUAAAUCCGGACUACGUUGGUCCAAUUUACGUAGAAGACGAUUGGGAGAUCGAUCGAAAUGACAUUGAAAUUAUCCGGGAGUUGGGUAAAGGAUCAUUUGGAACGGUUUACGAAGGUUUGAUUAAAUCCAGACAGUACCCUUGUGCCAUCAAAACCAUCAGUGAGAAAUCAUCAUUUUCAAGUAAAAUGGAGUUUUUGAAUGAGGGUUCCGUGAUGAAAUCAUUUAGUGAGACGCACCAUGUGAUCAAAUUAUUAGGGAUAGUAUCACGUGGUGAGCGUCCUUAUGUCAUAAUGGAGUUAAUGGAGCGUGGAGAUUUGAAGUCGUACUUGAGGCGCUGUCGUGGUCCUUCACAAAACCUCACCACCAAUGAAAUCUACCGAAUGGCGGCCGAAAUCGCGGAUGGUAUGGCCUUCCUCUCUGUCAAGAAGUUCGUCCAUAGAGACUUGGCAGCGAGGAAUUGCAUGGUAGCCGCCGACCGCACGGUGAAAAUCGGGGAUUUUGGAAUGGCACGCGACAUUUACGUGACUGAUUACUAUAGGAAAGGAACUGCGGGGCUGCUGCCCAUACGGUGGAUGGCCCCCGAGAGCCUCGCAGAUGGGGUGUUUACCACAGAUUCCGACGUGUGGAGUUACGGGGUGGUGCUAUGGGAGAUGGCGACCUUGGCCGAGUUGCCGUAUCAGGGGUUAGGGGCCGAGGAGGUUCUCCAGUUUGUGACUUCAGGGAGAACGUUAGAUAUGCCACCGCAAUGCUCGGAUCUCUUGUAUAAGAUUAUGAGCGCGUGUUGGAAGUGGCGGCCUAACGAUAGACCCACGUUUUUCAGUAUAGCAGACGAGUUAGUGAAUCAUGUGGGAGAGGACUUCCGAUUAGUGGCUUUUUGCUUCAGUCGGCAGGGAACUGAGUUACGUUUGAAUGCGGUGCCGAGGGUUUAUAAUCCCCCGGCGAUGAUGGGGACUACCAUGACCGGAGACGAGUGUUUCAGCCAUUAUGACCCGUCGGAGGAGGAAGUUAAUUUGUACAUGAAUAAAGCAAACCGUCCAACGAAAUUCCUACCUUUCUCAAACCAAAGAACGAAUAAAUCGUCGCCAUAUCAGUUAAGUCCAGGUUCACCGUCAUCGACAUCCUCCUUCAAUUCAUCUUAAAUGUUAAGUCUAUUAAAACUAAAUGUGAUAUGUGAUGUUAGUCACUAGGAUUAUUAUUUAAGUGUGUCCUGCCUUAGAGUGAUUGCCGAGAAUGAUUUUUAUUAAUUCCAGGGGAUCAAUGUUACCUAAGUUUUUUUCUAGUUUAUUUAAGUGGAUAGUAUUUUGUAAAGUUUUUAUUUUUUCUUAAUUUAUCGUUGAUUUUAAUUGGGGAACCAAAUUUUUUAGUAUAGGCAAUACGAAACGUGCGUACAAAUUCAAUAUUAUUUCGGCUCUUAAAUGUUCAGUAAAUUAUUGUGCCGAAAAAGUGUUGGUUUUCAAAGGUAAUUGUAAAACUCAAUGUACCUAUGUCAGGGCGAUUCCUAUUAUUAUGAAAGGUUGUAUUUGUAUAAAUCACCUGAAAUAUAUUUUGUAAACGUUGUACAAAUAAAUAUUUUUCAGAAAA